GUGUCUGUGUUUGAUCGUGUGAGGUGAGGUGUGAGGUGUCUGUCUUCGUUGAGGGGAGCGAGUAGGAGUCGCUGUGCCUACCUUGACCAUCAUGGUGCCUAACAUUCACCCUGCAGUUCCCCUCCUGCCCAGGGGGGCGGCGCCACUCCUGCUGCUUCUCAGCUGCCUGGUGCUCUCCUCUCAGGCUGACACCCUCCCCAAGCCCCCAACCUCUCUCAUAGUGACUGAGACCACAGCCACCAAUGUGACCCUCUCCUGGGACUCUGGGAACCCUGAACCUGUGUCCUUCUACAUUAUCCAGUACCGGCCUAAAACCACCUACAAAGGCUUCCAAGAGGUGGACGGAGUAGCUACCACCCGUUACAGCAUCGGCGGGCUCAGCCCCUACUCAGAGUAUGAGUUCCGUGUGAUGGCGGUGAACAACAUUGGGCGGGGGCCACCCUCUGACCCGGUAGAGACACGUACGGGGGAGCAGGCUCCCUCUUCACCCCCACUGUAUGUCCAGGUCCGCAUGAUAUCUUUCUCCCACUUGAUGGUCGAAUGGGAACCACCCGAGGAACCUAACGGACAGAUCAUGGGGUACCGUGUGUACUACGACACAGACAAGAAUGACACUCUGAGUGGGUGGAAGAAACACAGCACUGAAGACAGCCAAGUGACCAUCAUAUCAGAGCUGUAUCCUAACAUCAUCUACAAUCUCAGGGUGUUGGGGUUCACCUCUGUAGGGGACGGACCGCCCUCGGAAAUACUGCAGUUCAAGUCUCGGUAUGGAGUACGUUGUAUCCCUCCUCGGUUCUCCAUCCCACCUACCAACCAUGAGGUGAUGCCUGGGAGCAGUGUCAAUCUGAUUUGUGUUGCUAAGGGAACGCCCGUGCCCUAUGUCAAGUGGUUAAAGGGAGAAAUUGAACUCACCAAGGAGGAUGAGAUGCCCAUUGGUUGGAAUAUUCUGAAGUUGACAAUCGUCAAAGAGUCAGCCAACUACACCUGCGUGGCCAUGUCAUCACUGGGCAUGAUCAAGGCUACCGCUCAGGUCUCCGUCAAAGCCCUCCCCAAGCCCCCAACCUCUCUCAUAGUGACUGAGACCACAGCCACCAAUGUGACCCUCUCCUGGGACUCUGGGAACCCUGAACCUGUGUCCUUCUACAUUAUCCAGUACUGGCCUAAAACCAACUACACAGGCUUCCAAGAGGUGGACGGAGUAGCUACCACCAGUUACAGCAUCGGCGGGCUCAGCCCCUACUCAGAGUAUGAGUUCCGUGUGAUGGCGGUGAACAACAUUGGGCGGGGGCCACCCUCUGACCCGGUAGAGACCCGUAUGGGGAGCAGGCUCCCUCUUCACCCCCUGAAUGUCAAGGUUCGCAAGCUGUCUAUCUCCAACAUAAUGGUCCAAUGGGAACCACCCGAGAAACCUAACGGACAGAUCAUGGGGUACCGUGUGUACUACGACACAGACAAGAACGUCCCUCUGAGAUGGUGGAAGAAACACAGCACUGACGACAGCACAGUGACCAUCAUAUCAGGGCUGUAUCCUGACGCCACCUACAAUCUCAGGGUGCUGGGGUUCACCUCUGUAGGGGUCGGACCCCCCUCGGACAUACUGCAGUUCAAUACUCCGCAUGAAGGUGAAAGAGGAAGUGUGUGUUAG